CCGGUGCUCCAGCCGCGUGGGUGCCAUGGCAACGGAGGGAGCCGGGGACCUGGCUUCCGGAAGCAGGAGCGCUCGGGCUUGGAAGCUAGCCUGGUCCAAGGAUGCUGAGCCCUGAACGCCUAGCCUUACCGGACUACGAGUAUCUGGCCCAGAGACAUGUCCUCACAUACAUGGAAGAUGCAGUGUGCCAGCUACUAGAGAACAAGGAAGACAUUAGCCAAUAUGGCAUUACCAGGUUCUUCACUGAAUAUUUUAACAGUGUAUGCCAAGGAACUCACAUCCUCUUUAGAGAAUUCAGCUUCGUCCAGGCCACCCCACACAACAGGGCUUCCUUCUUACGGGCCUUCUGGAGGUGCUUCCGAACAGUGGGCAAAAAUGGUGACCUGCUGACCAUGAAGGAGUAUCACUGUCUGCUGCAGCUGCUGUGCCCCGACUUCCCGCUGGAGCUCACGCAGAAGGCCGCCAGGAUCGUGCUCAUGGACGACGCCAUGGACUGCCUGAUGUCCUUCUCCGAUUUCCUCUUCGCCUUCCAGAUCCAAUUUUACUACUCAGAGUUCCUGGAGAGCGUGGCAGCCAUCUACCAGGACCUGCUGUCCGGCCGGACCCCCAACACGGUGGUCGUGCCCACGUCGUCGAGCGGGCAGCACCGCCAGCGGCCAGCCCUGGGCGAGGCCAGCAUGCUGGAGGGCGUGGAGGCAUCACAGUUCUCCCAGCGCCUGGAGAGCCUGUGUGAUCGGCAUAAGUACAGCUGCCCGCCCCUGGCGCUUAUCAAGGAGGUCCUAAGCAAUGUGCAGAGACUGACGUUCUACGGAUUCCUCGUGGCUCUCUCCAAGCAUCACGGGAUCAACCAAGCCCUCGGAGCUUUGCCUGGCAAAGGGGACCUGAUGCACGACCCCGCCAUGGACGAGGAGCUGGAACGGCUGCUGGCCCAGGUCCCCGGCCUGGUCACCCCAGUCUCGGCCAGUCCGGAGGUCAGCCACCUGCCUGCUGGGAACCCUCCCCGAGUUGGCUCCCCCUGGAGACCCCUACACCACGCCCGCAAAGCGGAUAUGGAGAGCGAUGGUUCCAACGACGAGACAGAUGAAUCCGAGACCUGAGCAGCCCGGGGGUCCCGUGUGCAGCGCCCCUUCCCCGAAUCCCACCCAGGCCCAGGGACUCCCACCCUGCACCCUCUCUGCGCCCUGCUGCCCGUGGGCUGGUGACAGGGCCGAGUACCAGCCCCCAUGCUGACCUGCCAGCUGCCCUCCC